AAUCUUUCAUCAUCAGCUGAUAAAUAUCCAAAAUUGAGGUCCACAAUCGAUGUAGUCUACAUUGAUUUACAUAUAUUCAUAGUAGGCUAGUAGUAUAGUUACAUUUGUAAAAUGUAAUGUUGUUUAAUUUGACAGUGAAUCUGUUGAUUUUCCUUAAUAUAUUAGGUACAGUAUAUAGACGGAAAUUGAAACGUUAGUCCUACCACUGGUGAAUGUUGCAACUGUUCUGCCUAGAGACAUUGUGGCUCUAAAGACACUGUCACUGGCAUUGAGCCAACAUGGCUUCCUUUCCGUGUAAACAACAACAGCAUCAAGUAAACGGGGUUUGAGUGUAGGCCUAUUACCUCGCAUUUGGUCCGUCUCUUGGAUUUCGCAAAUAAUAUGCAACUAGAAAUAGUUAUGUAACCUACAACGAUGUGCCGAAGGUGUUUCUAAUUAUUGUCCUUCAGACAACUCAACAUCCUCCUCUCCGCUGGGUAGCUCAAUAGCCAUGUCAUCGCAUCAGCCCACCAGUUCAGCCUCCAACAGUCCCACCAGCACCUUUGGCUCGCCUUUCUCAGUCAUCAGCCCCUCACUGGGCUCCCCUGGUGUGUCACCCUCCAUGGGUUAUGGGCCUAUUAGCAGUAGCCAGAUCAACUCUACAAUGGGGAUGCACUCAAUCAGCAGCUCGGAUGAUGUCAAACCCCCGUUUGGCUUGAGGCCUAUGUCUGCACACAGCCCUGGGAUAAUGCUCUCCCAGAAACGCAUGUGUGCCAUCUGUGGAGACCGCUCCUCUGGUAAGCACUAUGGUGUGUACAGCUGUGAAGGUUGCAAGGGCUUCUUCAAACGCACAGUGCGCAAGGACCUGAGCUACACCUGCAGGGAUAACAAAGAAUGCCUGGUGGACAAGCGCCAGCGCAAUCGCUGCCAGUACUGUCGCUACCAGAAGUGUCUGGCUAUGGGCAUGAAGAGGGAAGUGGUCCAAGAUGAACGUCAGAAAUCAGUCCAGGAGGAGCGUCAGAGGAUCAGGGAGCGAGAGGAGGGACUGGAGUGCAGCAGUGCUGUGAACGAGGAGAUGCCCGUGGAGAAGAUCUUGGAGGCAGAGACGUCCGUGGAGCAGAGGGCAGAGCUCCACUCUGAUACAGGGUCCGCUGGUAGCUCUCCCCAUGAUGCGGUGACAAACAUCUGCCAGACUGCAGACAAGCAGCUGUUUGCGUUGGUGGAGUGGGCCAAGAGGAUCCCUCACUUCUCUGAGCUGCCCCUGGACGACCAGGUCAUCCUCCUGCGUGCAGGGUGGAAUGAACUUCUGAUCGCCUCCUUCUCACACCGCUCCAUCGCUGUGAAGGACGGGGUCCUGCUGGCCAAUGAGCUCCACCGGGACAACGCACACAGUGCAGGGGUGGCGGCCAUCUUUGACAGGGAGAGUGUGCAGAGUGCUGAGGUGGGAGCCAUAUUUGACCGGGUUCUCACUGAGCUGGUCAGUAAGAUGAGAGACAUGCAGAUGGACAAGACAGAGCUGGGCUGCCUCCGAGCCAUCGUCCUCUUCAACCCAGAUGCUAAAGGUUUGUCCAACACCGGAGAGGUGGAGCUCCUGAGAGAGAAGGUCUAUGCUUCACUGGAAGCCUACUGCAAGCAGAAAUACCCCGAGCAGCAGGGAAGGUUUGCUAAGCUCCUCCUCAGGCUGCCAGCACUGCGUUCUAUUGGCUUGAAGUGUUUGGAGCACCUGUUCUUCUUCAAGCUGAUUGGUGACACCCCUAUCGACACGUUCCUCAUGGAAAUGCUUGAAGCACCUCAUCAGUUGGCAUAGAGGUGGUAGGAGAGGAGAGGUGUUCUGUGGCCGGGGUUAGAUAGCUUGGGUCUGGGAAUUUGCUGGAGUGGGACUGCACUUUUAGUUCUUUGGGGAAUUCAGCAUUUUGUCUCACUGCUGUCUGGGUUAUGCUAUUUAGUUCACCACCACAUUGUCUCUUUCAGAACAUACAUCCCCAAGACUUGUGAUCUACAGGCUGGUGCUAUAUAUUAAUAUAACUUCUUGAAUAACUGAGAUUAAAAAAUAAAAAGUAAAGUAUUUUGUAAGAAUGGGAACCUUUAGUUCCUGUACUCUGGCUACAAUCUGGGUUUCUGUUUUUCUAUAACUAUGUUAAUGCUUUUUAGACAAACCCCAAAUGAUCAAGUUAAAUUCUGGUAAGUGAUCUCCCCCUGUAACCUGUUUUUAAAUGAAGGUAACCUGAAUGCAACCAGACUGUCAUUCUACCUUUUUUUCAUUUGUAAUUGGAACAAAAUCUUUUUGAAAAAACUUGAAAAACAUGUUUUAUUGUCAAAUCUUGGGCAAGUACAUUACUGUACCAAGCGAGCGCUCACUGCGUAACAUGUCUGACUUUCAGCUCCUAGUGGUUUUAUAUCCCUCUCAGAUGACCAGAAAGCAACUCGUUAACGGGAUACAGAAGGAGUAGUUGAAUCACAAUGGAACACGGAGCAGACUUGUACUGACUGUGUUGACCAGCUUUAUUUGUCUAGUAAUGUGCUGUUAGCAUUGUUUCUCUUUGCUGUUUUGUAAAAUGUAAUCACCUUGCAGGCAAAAAGAUUGAGCUGCAUUGCACAUUUUUGCUAUGUACUAUUUCUACACCAUACAAUACAAGUCAUCAAAUGUCUGGCCAGCAAACAGUCUUUUGGUGCUAUACGACAGACAUUUGCCAUACUUCAUUGCAGCCAUACACCAAACUGCAAACAGGAAAAAUUAUGCAAAAAAAAUAAAAACUAACUAAAAUGUUGUAAAUGUAGCAAUACAAAAAUGAAUACAUAUGCUUUCUUUCUGCUCGACAACUUGUCCGUUCUGGGGGUUUUACAACGCGAAUCAUUGUCUGUUAGAAAGGGAAUACUCCAAUAUGUCAUUUAUCUAAACAAUUGUAAGGUACUGUGCAAAAUUUGUUCAGGGAAAAUACUAUAUAUGGAUAGGUUUGAAUAAUGAGAUCAGGAGACAGACAAAUGAUGUAAUAAUUGAUAUGUGCCCUUGCUAUUAGUUCACCAAUUGUAUAGAGCAGAUCAUGUCUUAGGUUGUACUGGAUUCCCUAAAGCACUGUUUCUACCUGGUUAUAACAUGUAUCCUUUGUCUUGAUCAUGUCCACAUUCUGAUUGUGCCCACAUUUUCAGACCGGUGUAGAUGAUUUUAAAAAGGCAUUGUGACCAGAUCUUCCUGACCACCCCCGAAGGUAGUUAGGCACACAUUGUGUCUGGAUAUCUUACAAGUGUAGACAUAUGGACAGUGAAUCCAUUUAAAUCACAAUUAUAACACCUUCUAAAAUAUUGACAUUUAGCACCUUUGUCUUAUGGCAUCAAUGUGUGUCUUAAAAUAAAUAAAUGUAUAUUAUUUUGGAAGAAUAGCUCUCAAAACAUUUGCAUACAGGGAGGGACCAGGAAAUCUGGUCACAAUGCAAUUCGUGGAUAGAUACAAGACACAUUUUACUACCAUGUGGAGAAAUUUUUCUGAGAAUGGACAAGAUCAGGACAAAGGACUGGGGUUUGCACCAGGUAUAAACAAGGAUUCACACAUUCAGCUGACUCAUCUUUUUGAAUUUUUCUGUGCUUUCUGUAGUAGUAGUUUUUCCUGUUUCCUUUUUUUGAGCUAGUUGUUCAUCCUCUCCUCUCUGCUUACAGUUUAUAAAAAACACACUGUUAUCAUGUUUAAAUAUCCAUAACACCUGUGGACAUAGACACAUUAAACAAGACCAAAUAGGAGUUUUGUGUGAUGAUCAUGUGUGAACACCUGAACAAGGGUAUUGGUAUGUGUCAUGAUCCUGUAUAAACUCUGGAGCAGUUUAGUGAUCCGUGUGGAUAAGUGAAUUACAGCUUGGCUAAUGUGGACUGAAAAUAAAGAGCUUGAACUUUU